ACAUCGCAGCGGCUUAAGGCUCGGACCGCAACCGAGCGAGGAACACAGCGAGAGACCGACGGAACUCGGCUACGCUCUUGCUUAGGCUCCUCACCUCUGCGCUGAUAGGCUGACGUCUGGGUCCGUUGUGGGCAGCCAAUGAGAAGGCGAAUCGAAUUGGAACCAAUCAAAAACAGUUAUAAAGGAGGAAAGGGGUGUUCUCGAGGACUGACCAAUGAAAGAGUGCGAAAGGGAUACUUCUCAUUUGCAUAGAGGAGCUAUAAAUAAAUGGGCUACGACCACUUCCUUCCCAUUCGGCUUUUCGUUCUCGUGUUGGUGGUUGUUGCUGUGUGACUUCUUUUUGCCGCUAUGCCUGAGCCGGCCAAGUCCGCGCCCGCCCCCAAGAAGGGCUCGAAGAAGGCGGUCACCAAGACCCAGAAAAAGGGCGACAAGAAGCGCAAGAAGAGCCGCAAGGAGAGCUACUCGAUCUACGUGUACAAGGUGCUGAAGCAGGUGCACCCCGACACGGGCAUCUCGUCCAAGGCCAUGGGCAUCAUGAACUCGUUCGUCAACGACAUCUUCGAGCGCAUCGCCGGCGAGGCGUCGCGCCUGGCGCACUACAACAAGCGCUCGACCAUCACGUCGCGGGAGAUCCAGACGGCCGUGCGGCUGCUGCUGCCCGGCGAGCUGGCCAAGCACGCGGUCUCCGAGGGCACCAAGGCGGUCACCAAGUACACCAGCUCCAAGUGAGACUCCAUUCCCUUCCCUCUUCCUCCCCUGUCUUUGUCUCGUUUGCACCCUUACCGUUCAUCACAUCCCAAUCAAUACCUCUCCGUUCGGGUUUUAAGAGUUCAUGCAAACCGAAGGGACAAGAGUGCUUUUUUACAUCUCACAUUGCUGACAGAGACUCGUAUCUGUUUUAUUGAUCAUUUAAACUCCAUCAACGGUGUUUUAGCUGCAAUAUCGACAUCAGCCGCUUGAGGGUGCCUCAGUCCCAACUGUUACAGUUGAAGCGAGGUGUGUCCGCGGUGCAUGAGAGUGUAAAAGAAUUUUGUUAUUUUACACUUUCCAAUAAACUGUCACUAUAACCCAA